AUGCCACCUCUCGCGGCGUUCUACCGCCCGUCAUUCGUCGAGGAUCCAUGGCUGAGGCUGUUCCCCUCCGACCCGCUCCGCCGACCGCUUCCGGGGCCGGUUGGCGCGGGAUCGCCGCCGCCUCGGAUGAGCGUGCCCGGCCCCGCUGCCUGUGCGCCGCUGCAGCAGCAGAGCUGCCACUCGAGUGUGGAGGAAGCUGCCGGGAGCGGGGCGGCUGCGGCCACGGCCGCCAACAGCUUGCUCGAGCAGGACGCCCUCGCCUCGACCGGCGGCGUCACAGACAGCCUCGCGCCCUCGCUGCCAGGCGGGGGCGAGCCGUCGGAGCAGCAGCCGCCGCAGAUGGCGCCCGAGCUGUCGCUGCUGCGCGGCCGCAACGCCGCGCUCUGGUCGCUCAGCGCGGAGGAUGGCGACGAGGAUGGGGGCGGCGGGGCAGAGGGCGGUGCCGUCCCGUCGCCUUUCGCGGCGGCAAAGCGCUGCCGCGUGGAGGGCCUCCCGCCGCCCGACAUCUGA